AUGAACAGUGAAUUUUGCAAAGAGUGUAAUAAUAUGCUUUAUCCUAAGGACGAUAAUACAGAAUCAUUUAUGAUGCUAGUUUGUAAAUCAUGUGAUAAUAUGCAGGAAUCUACUACCAAUAGAAUUUGUGCUACAUAUUUUAAGAGCAGAAAUUAUGGAUACAAAACAUAUGCCAAAGCACUAGCGAAGGAUCCAACGCUUCCUAAAAUAAAAAUGAAGUGCUCAGAAUGUAACAAUGAUGUGGUUGUUUACUUCCAAAAUAAAGACAUAGAAGAAGAAGUGGCAUUUGAUUUGGCAUAUAUUUGUACUAAAUGCUACAAUUAUUGGACAUAA